ACGGGGCAAGUUGAACUUGAGCGAGGUCCACAACUCUCCGCGAACGACUUAGACUGCUUAAAGCACAAGCGACCCCUUUCUCCUCUACAUUCCUCCUGUCCUUCACCCCUGACUGUCACAUCAUGUUCAAAAGCAUCCUCCCCUCUCGCAGGGUCCCAUCUGCAGACUUUCAGAUGGUGACAACCCCUUCCGACUCUGUGCUGAAUGGCAAGGAGAACUACCCCGAAGUGUCUGCUCCCGGCGAAAGCAAGCCAUCUCGUGUUGAGAAGUUCAAGAAGCGUAAGGGCAAGGAGCAAGCUCAAGUACCUGAUAGCCACGCAACGACGCAUGCGUUUGAGAAGCUGCUCGAUGAGCUGCAAGUACCCGACAACAUGCGCGAGAAGCUGGCGACGAUGGACGCCGGCGUAAAAGCAGCCUUCGUGAAGUCGUCCAAGGAUCUCGCUAUCAUGGGCUCCAAGCCCGCCGAGCCUCCAAUGACACCUCGUGGGCUCCGGAAGGCACGCAGCAUUGAGUCGAUCUCUUCGCCUCAGCCUUCGCAAAAGACUAUGCAGUCGAAAUACAACCUUUCCCAAAUGCCCGACCGCCCGAAGUUUCUAAACCACAACCGUGGUGUGUCCUUCGAUGCUGAGCGCCAGACGAUGGUAUUCCACGAGAAGCCUGUCCCGGCGCCGAGACCGGCGAAGGAAAAGCGCAGCAAGAAUGCUAUUGCACCUGCGAAGCUGCAGAAGCUGAUCAGCAAGGCGCAGGCUACCCAUCUUGAUAUUGAGGUCGUCAAGAAGCUGCGGCUUCACCUACGAAAUGAGCCUGCUACGUGGACUGAGGAAUUCAUCCAUGAGGGUGGUUACACCACCAUGCUCACUCGUCUUCAUGAGAUCCUCACGGUUGAGUGGCGUGAGGAACAACACGACGACCAACUCCUUCACGAAUUGCUACGCUGUUUCAAAGCUCUUACAACAUCGACUGUCGGCUGCGCGGCCCUUCGGAGCUGCUGCCCUGCCCCUUAUAGCCAAAUCGUCACUGUUCUCUACUCUGACAAGCGGCCGGGAGAGGUCGCUACCCGGCAUCUCAUGAUCGAGAUGCUUCUUGGUCUAUUUGAGCUCUACCCAACCUCCUCUCUGCCGUCUACUGGCAACCCUUUCGGAGGGUCGCCGACGUCUCCUUGCGGUCACAACAGGACUCGGUCCGUUCCCUGGGAGUCCGGGUCAACCGCGCCGCUCUCGACGGGACUCAUCGUACUUCCCCCGCCCCACUCCUCAGUUUGUUCCCUCGUUAAGUCGCUGAUGCUCACGCCGGCGCCUCGUCCCGCGGAGGAUGAUAGCGUGCCUGUGCAGCCUCAUUUCUUCAUUGAGAAGAUUCACCGGCCUCGGAUUUACAAGGCAUACCUCGAAGAGAUGAGCAACCUUUGCCGCGACUUCUUCUGGAUCUACUGCCAUCCGACCAACAAGAUCUGGAAUUUGGAUGAAACGGACGAAGAGAAAGCCGAGAGACCACGCGCUCCUAGCGGGAUGUCCGGGGGCGUCGAGUAUGAGGCAAUGUGUUAUAUGAGUACGCACUUCAAGUUUCUGAACGCGUAUUGCCGUGCUGCAGAAGAACUGCACUAUCCUCCACAGCAUCCUCUUUCUGCGUAUCAAUUCCACCGGGACCUCUUUGCGUCCGGCAUGGACCGUAUCAUCAUGAUGGCCCGCAGAGCAUCAAAUGCGUACUACCCAAUCCUCCAUCUUGAGCUCGCGCGCUACGUUCGCUGGGCUACGCGUUCUGGCAUCGAGAUGCCUUGGGGUAUUUCCAGGCUCAUGGGCGAACCUCCCGCCCUCUACCUCGUCAAGAAACCCGAACCAACAGCCCCAGAGACAGAGCGACGCCCGGUCCCUCCUACUCCAGGCAAACCCAACAAAGGGAGCGCGUCCGUUCCCAGUUCACCGACGAAGGCGGGCAACGGCUAUGUCACGGAACGACCAGGCCAUGCUGCGCCUCCUGGCCAGGGCCUGCGGAGGGUCACUCCUAUGUUUGGCUUUUAAAUUCGAGCGCGCACUGUCAAUGCUGUGCAUACGACUGUUCGCUUUCCGAUGCUCUGAAUGAUGUUAAUCGCUUCUUCUUACCAUCUGUCCUCUGAUACGUCUACGCUCUCGUUCCCGCCUGCUCUUGUUGUCUCACUAAGUACCAUCGACGCCGCUGCGCACGUCGCCCUUGUAUAUCAGCGACACCGCGACCGUUGCACCCAUCUAUCUCGCGUAUGUACUAUAGUAGAGUUGUACGAAUGAACGAGCUCGCCAUCGUUGGGAUCAUAUCUACUAGCCGACUUGAGACCAGUGACCACGGUGAUAGUUACCCCCGCCGAACCUACGGCCCAGCAAACAUGUCCUCCUGAGUCCGUACGGCCCGACGGACAUCCUGGCCGGACGGCUGGCACAAUGCGGCGACAUAAGCUGUGCUCUUCCUCACUGUAGCAUGCGCUUGGCUGUGCAGACGCAGCAUGCACUGCCAGCAGACUUGUGCGAGAUUGAAG